AUGAACUACGAAAUCCCAAAACCUUCACGCUCUCUUGCCAACAAAGUGGCCAUCAUCACGGGUGCCGGCGCCCAGGGCGACGGCAUAGGCAAUGGACGGGCCUCCGCGAUUCUCCUCGCCGACGACGGUUGCAGCGUCGUCUGCGUGGACCGCGACUUGUCCCUUGCGCAACGCACCGUGGAAAUGAUCCACGCCGAGGGCAAAGGCCACGCCAUCGCCGUCCAAGCAGACGUCACUGUUCAGUCGGACUGCGAACGCAUCGUUCAGACGACGCUAGAGAAGUUUCGUAGGCUCGAUAUCCUCUUCAACUGUGUCGGCGUCGGAGGCGCGCCCGGAACAGCCAUUGACGUCGACAUGGAAGCCUGGGCCAAGUCGAUGGAAAUCAACGUCUCGAGUAUGGUAAUGAUGGCCAAGUAUGCGAUCCCGGCUAUGCUGCGCAACGACCUCGACAAUGGGUACAGAGGCAGUAUAGUUAACAUGGGCAGUGUGGCGGGGAUUAAGGGCGGGACCCCCCAUCUGCUGUAUCCGACGAGUAAAGGGGCAAUCGUCAACUUGACACGCGCGAUGGCUGCGCAUCACGCUUCGCAGGGCAUACGAGUCAAUUGCGUGUGUCCGGGCAUGGUGUACACGCCGAUGAUGUACGCCGGGGGCAUGAGCGAGGAGGCCCGUGAGGCCCGGAAGAAUAGGAGUUUGCUCAAGACCGAGGGCAAUGGGUGGGAUGUCGGUUGUGCAGUGAGGUUUCUUGCGGGACCAGAGGCGAGAUGGAUCACGGGCGUGAUUUUACCUGUUGAUGCGGGUGUGACGGCGGCGGUGGGUACGGAUAUCCCCAAGUCGGCUAGUGUGAAUGGAUGA